GGCCAAAUGCCAAUAACCACACAAAAAUUACAAAGGCAUCUCUUGUCCUUUGAUACAUAAUUUUCAUUUCAACAUUGAACCCAAGUAAUUAGACAUGGCAAGCAUGGCAUCUUCAACAACAGUUGCAAAGUUGCCUUCUUUUUGUUCCUUGUCUCCAAAAACCUUCAAGUUUCUUGACCCUUUCCCUUGUACUACUACUUCUCUCACUGCUACUGCAUCUCUAUUCUCUUCAAGACCAAAAAGAAUUUCUAAUUUUGUUGCUAAAGCUUCUUCUUCAACCACUGCCUUUCCUCAAGACAUCGGUGAUGUCCUUUCACAUGUUACAAUUUUCACUGCCACUGCUCAGUCUGUCAAGUUUGAGGACCUUUGGGAUCAAAAUGAGGGAAUAGCUGUUGUUGCACUUCUGAGGCAUUUUGGCUGCCCUUGCUGCUGGGAACUUGCUAAAGCACUCAAAGAGUCAAAGGAGAGAUUUGAUUCUGCUGGUGUAAAGCUAAUUGCUGUUGGUGUUGGUGCUCCUAACAAAGCUCGUAUUCUUGCUGAAAGGUUACCAUUUCCUUUGGAUUGCUUGUAUGCUGAUCCAGACCGUAAGGCAUACGAUGUUCUAGGCCUGUAUUAUGGUUUUGGGCGCACAUUCUUCAACCCAGCAAGUGCUAAAGUUCUUUCUAGAUUCGAAGAACUGCGGGAAGCUACAAAGAACUACACUAUUGAAGCCACCCCUGAUGACAGAAGUGGUGUCUUGCAGCAGGGAGGGAUGUUUCUCUUCAAAGGAAAGCAAUUGUUGUACGCAUGGAAGGAUGAAGGGACUGAGUCUGGAGACCAUGCUCCCAUGGAAGAUAUCUUUGAUAUCUGCUGCAAAGUUCCUGUUGCAUAAUGCCUUCAAAGAGUUUCAUGCAUCUCUAUUCCAAGGGAACUGGAUGCAUAUAUAGGUUUUGUUUUCUACUUGUGUAUGUUGUAUGUAAAUCUGGAGGUCAUAACUUAAUGUUAUAAUAGAGCAUAACUGAUGACAAUGAGAGGUAACUAGUUCAUAGCAAAUUUUGAAAAUGUAUGCAAGUAUAUAUUAUAAAUAUAGUAUUUGAAAAAUCACAAAAAGUUAUUUUUUGGUAAA